GUCUUGUUGAACAGUAGAGAGAAUCACCGGUGAUCUAUCGGGUAACCAGGGAAACCUUUAAGGUUUCUACUGAAAUACAAUAAAGGAUACCCGAUUAUUUCCUUAAAUUCAGACACCAGACCAGUAGGAUAUAUUACCAACAUCAUGGUGGUGAUAGCAGCAACAGGAGGCACCGUGGGGUCCCACAAAGUGCUCCUGAUUUCCGGGAAACAGACGACCGGCUCUCAGACGAGCUUCAACCGGGCCAUCUCGGUCGUUUUACCGUCACAGUCACCGGAGAGCCCGGACUCGUCCGAUUCAGAGUCCGGCUCCUCAGCUGGGCCGCCCAUAAGAAAGAGACAGAGACUCACACACUUGAGUCCGGAGGAGAAAGCACUCCGCAGGAAACUCAAGAACAGAGUCGCAGCUCAGACAGCCAGAGACAGGAAAAAGGCUAAAAUGGGAGAGCUGGAACAGCAAGUCCUAGAGUUAGAGCUGGAGAAUCAGAAACUUCACAUCGAAAACAGGCUACUUCGGGAAAAAUCGAGCGGCCUACUGACAGAAAAUGAGGAACUGAGACAGAGACUUGGGUUGGACACCCUCGACUCUAAAGAGAAGGUUCAGGGUUUGUUGUCCAACGGGAACGACGCAGGUUUAGGGAUCGGGUCUUCUGAGCGCAGCACUCAGGCUACGUGUGCCUCCGCAGCAGGUGCAGGCCCAGCUGUCCCUAAAUCUGAAGACUUCUCAAUGGAUACAGAUGGUCCUGACAGUACAGACAAUGAGUCUGAUUUGCUCCUGGGCAUUCUGGACAUCCUUGACCCAGAGCUGUUCCUCAAGUCUUGUGAACAGGAGUACCAGGAGCCGCAGGUGCAGCUGGUCGGAGGGGGGAACCCAGUACCUGCCACCACACCUACGGCUCUGGGGACCCCAUCAGUUAAGCUGGAGGCCCUUAAUGAACUGAUCCACUUUGACCACAUCUACACGAAGCCCGUGGAGGAGGUGGUGAGCGGCGGGCAUUGCAACGACUCGGAGAGCGACACGGAGGAGAAGAUCGACGAGGCCGCCUUCCCCAUCGCCGACGUGGUGGUGGUCGAGGAGGAGAUCGUCUGCAUCAAGGACGAGCCGGAGGAAGUGGUCAUCCCCAGCUGUGACGGUCACAGUCAAGUGGAUGACUUUUUCUCUGGAACCUCCCCGCCUGCCCUCAGCGGCCUGGAUAAGGAAGCCUGUCUUGCGGACACCUACAGCGACUCUGGAUAUGAAGGGUCCCCAUCCCCUUUCAGCGACAUGUCCUCUCCCCUGUGCUCAGACAGCACCUGGGAAGACAUGUUCGCUAGUGAACUGUUCCCCCAGCUUAUCUAAACGUCUGACUCAACCAUCCAACCAAUAAGUUAUAAUAUAUAUAUAUAUAUAAGAGCUAAUGUGUAGUGUUCAAUAACUACAGAUGAGCACACAAUGCUUCAUAGUAACAUAGAACACCACCGAAUCCUCUCGUGUAUAUAGGCUCAAGUUAAGCACAUAAUCUCCUAUUAUUACAGCAGGUCUGUACCACUGGCGAUGCUGCAUUGACUUGUGGGAGAUGGAGUUCCUGACAGCUUAUUUCGGCAUCAUUUGAUUACUGCAGAGGAUUUAAGAUUGAUUACAAAUCUUUCACUCACUGUUCCAGACGACACGUGGGUGGAUUCCAGUAUUUCUGUAAAUUAACAGGGGGAUGGGGACGGAUCAUUUAAAUAUAACCUUUUUAUUUAUUUGUGUAUUCUGCUUCGGAGUCGCUGUAUGUCCACAUGUAAAAAAACGCUUUCUUCUAAUUUGUCGACGCUCUCCAUGUAGUCCCAAUUACCUGCAUUAAAAAACUUUUUUGCAUUGCA